GUCAUUUCCGCUGCUUGGGGGUCCCUUUUGCUCUUCUGGUUUUUCGUCCAGCUCCUUUGUUCGUCCGGGUUGUUCCUUUUCGUUCCUUGCUUCCACACACCUUCCUCUCUGCUUGUUUGUCACGGGGGACGACCCAUCUGCACAUUUUCACAGAUCUGGGGUGACAUUGUCUUUGGCAUCCUUGUCUGGCAAUCAUCAUUCGUUUCCGCAAGCCACUUUCUUCCCCCGACACGAUAUUCACCCCGCCCUCACUUACCCCCACGCACUUUGUUCCUGGGGUUCCAGGUAUUAUCUGGAAGCAAGAAGGAGGAGUGAUGGGUUUGCUGGCGCCUACACAGACCAAGCACCUGCUGCUCGCGGCGGUGCUGGUCUUCAGCGCAUCCUGGUUCUUCCUGGUCCACACAGAGCACGGGAGCAACACCCUCUCGUCCCUGAAGGGGCACGUCGGGUAUGGCAGUGGCGAGAGCAGCGGGAAUGGCGUCGCAAGCGUGUACAAUGAGACGUUGGGUUUCGAAAAGGUAUUCGCGAUCGGGCUCCCCGAGCGCACCGACAAGCGGGACGCGCUGAGCCUCAUGUCUGCGCUGACGGGCUUCACCAUCUCGUGGAUCGACGGGGUGCGCGGGGCGACGGUUCCCGACAAGGCGCUGCCGAUCGGCUGGGACCGCAAGGGGGGCAUGUCGGACACGAACCUGGGCUCGUGGCGGGGCCACAUGAACGCGAUGCGGCGCAUCGUCGACGAGCGGAUAUCCUCGGCGCUCAUCAUGGAGGACGACAUGGACUGGGACGUCUCGCUCAAGGACCGGCUGGCCGACUUUGCGGGCGCGAGCAAGGAAAUCCAGCGCGACAGCUGGUUCGUCGAGGCCCCCGGGCGCAACACGACCAUCGCCUCGCCCAGCCCGUACGGCCAGGACUGGGACAUGCUCUGGGUCGGCUCGUGCGCGUCGACGUUCGGCAACCUGCUCCCGGAGCACCUGCAGAUCCCCGCCGAGCUGCGCGACGACCGCGAGGUGCUCAUCACCGGCGACGCCACGGUGCCACCCAAGCACCACCGCGUGGGCAACGGCGGCUGGUCCUGGGAUGAGUACUCGGACCAGACUCGCAUCGUCUACGUGCCCGGGGACAACAUCUGCAGCUUCGCCUACGCCCUCAGCUACACGGGCGCCCAACGCGCCCUCGAGUACAUGAGCCUCGAGGGCCAGCACAAGCCCUUUGACAACCACCUCAGCGACCUGUGCCGGCUGCGCGCCAACGGCAUGCGCUGCGUCAGCAUCGUGCCCAGCCUGUUUGUGCACCACCGGCCCCGGGGCAGGGUCAGCGGGGACUCGGAUAUCAACAAUGGCGGCGGUGAUGAGUUUAGGGAGGUGGGCGCGACGGAGAAUGUGCUGUACAGCACGAGGCUCAACCUUGCGAGAUUGUUGAAGGGCGAGGAGCCCCUGAAGCAGUGGAACGACUAGUGGAGUGGUGGUGGAGAAGGAAAAGAGAAUUACUGCCUUCGUGGAUUCGCAGUUUCCCGCCUCCGUCUUCGAUCUAGGAAUAAGCAGACGGACUUUUGGUGGGGGGUUCAUGGCGUUCAAGGAGAAUAUAUCGCAUUGCUUGUGCAAGUCUUUCCGGACGGGCAUAACAUUUUUUUAAAAAGGAGUUAUGGAGCCCCGGGGGUUAUCAAUGACCAAAUAGAGCUGGUUUGCUUGAGAUUGUCUGCUCCCGCGACGUUCUAUCUUGCUCGGCUAUUUACAUCUCACGGAGGGUGUCUGCGCUUAUGAGGAUGGCUUCUGAGGAUGGAUUGCGGCCUGCUUUUGA